AUGAAAGAACAAGAGAAAUUGGGCGUUUAUCGGGACAUUCGGAGCUUCAAUGGACGAUUGGCAUUUGCCAUCGCCGCGGCAGCGUUAGGUUCCUCUUUCCAACAUGGUUACAACACUGGCGUUGUAAAUGCUCCUCAAAAAUUAAUUGAAGAAUGGAUAAAAGAUGUGGAGUCAAACCGCACAGCAGAUGGAAUAGUAGAUCCAUCCAAAGUCACAAUGAUUUGGGCAAUUGCUGUAUCCAUCUUCUGUGUAGGAGGCAUGAUUGGAGGAUCUAUCACAGGAAUUGUUGCAGAACGCUUUGGCCGUAAAGGAGGUCUACUCCUGAACAAUAUUUUAGUGGUAUUAUCAGCAAUUUUUCAAGGAAGUGCAAAAGCAGCUGGUUCUCCAGAGUUAAUCAUUAUUGGCCGCUUUCUCAUUGGUAUUAACUCGGGCAUUAAUGCUGGCUUAGCUCCUAUGUACUUAGCAGAGAUAUCUCCUGUAAAUCUACGUGGAGCUGUCGGUACAGUCUAUCAACUAGUCAUCACAAUUUCUAUUCUUGUGUCACAAAUUUUGGGAUUGGAAUCUAUACUUGGAACUGCAGAAAAAUGGCCAGUGCUUCUUGCUAUUACAGUAGUACCUGGCAUUCUUCAGUUACUUACACUCCCUGUAUGCCCAGAAUCUCCAAAAUAUCUUCUUCUUAGCAAAGGCAAAGAGCUGGAAGCCCAGAGAGCUCUUUCUUGGCUCCGGGGAACAAUUGAAGUGCAUGAUGAAAUGGAUGAAAUGCGUACUGAAUAUGAGUCUGUGAAAUUGGUGCCCAAAGUCACCUUGCGAGAAAUGUUUGUUAAUUCAGCUCUCCGAAUUCCACUUUUCAUCUGUGUAGUUGUUAUGAUUGCUCAACAAUUAUCUGGAAUUAAUGCUGUGAUGUUCUUCUCUACAAGUAUUUUUGAAAUGGCUGGUCUUGAUGGCGUGAAUGCUCAAUAUGCCACUCUCGGAAUGGGCUCAGUGAAUGUCUUGAUGACCCUGUUGUCAUUAAUCUUAGUGGAAGUAGCUGGAAGGAAAACUCUUCUCCUGGUUGGAUUUGCUGGAAUGUGCAUUGAUACUGUUCUGUUGACAAUUUGCAUGGCAUACGUGAAAGGAGGACCAGUGUGGGUAUCCUACUUAAGCAUUCUGUUCGUGAUUGUGUUUGUGGUAAUGUUUGCAACUGGCCCUGGCUCUAUCCCAUGGUUCUUGGUCUCUGAACUGUUCAAUUCCUCUGCUCGAGGAGCUGCUACUAGCUUAGCUGUAGCUGUGAACUGGACAGCAAACUUUAUUGUGGGCCUAGCUUUCUUGCCAUUAGCGGAAGCUCUCCAUGGAUACGUUUUCAUCAUUUUUGCCAUUCUGCAAGCAUUAUUUGUCUUGUUUAUAUUUAGGAAAGUUCCUGAAACUAAGAACAAGACAAUGGAAGAAAUCAAUUCAAUGUUUAGGCAGAUUUCAUACAAUUGAGGACUUAUUUAAAGGUAUUCGCUGAAUAACUGUCAAAUAAUGUUUUUGUGAACAUGCAUACUUUGACUUCUUGGUCAUCCCAAACAAGUAGACUAUCAAACUUGUGGCUGAGCAGUAUGCACAGAAAAUGAUAUUAAGCCUUUCUGUGAUUCACUUUUGAAAUGAUUACAUAAUGAUUUCUAAUUGAUAUAUUGUAGAUAACUUACAUAGUUAUUGACAAAAUUUUAUUAAUCAUCAAAGAGAAUCCUGUUAAGGCCCAAGUAAGACUGAAGGAAACAAAGCUUGUUAUAAAGGGCUGCUUGAGAGCAAACCUCAAUUUUCUAGUGUAAAGAAUAUUGUUUAUGAAACAGUGGUAUUAUAUUUACAGAAUGAAGACAAAGACAAAAGUAGUCAAAAUCAAUGCUACCUUAGGAAUGAGGUUGAAAAAGAUAACCACUACUAAAUGUUCUUGCAUUUUAAUUUUAUUUAUUUAUUUUUAUAUAUCUGCCUAUGUAGAACAGAAUUCAAUACAUUUAACAAUAUAUCCUAUAGAUCUGAUAAAUGAAUCUCUAUGAAUCUGACAUUAUAGAAGUAAUUAUUACCAAACUACCUGUCCAAAUUGAAAAGUGGAAACAGAUUGUACGUCAAAUAUAUGUAGUAGUGUAAAGUCUCAAUGAAAUUGUCUUCUGUGAUUGUGUUAUGUGUUAUAUGUAAACUGAAUAUAAAAAUAGACCAAAAACUGCUUUCUGGAGUCUAGAUUGUGUCAUCAUAGAACUUUUGUUCUUUUAAAUGUUAGAUAGUAUUCAGUAUUCAGGAAUAAUUAGUUUUUGUGUUUUAGAUAACGAAUGUUACAUAUCACACCUACUGCAAUUAUAUUUCAAUUACAUUGACUUUCAUGAUGACAAAAUUUCAGGCAAUAGGAAGUAAACAUUGGCUGCUAGCUAUGAUUUGUCAAUGGAACUAUCAAAUUAUUUGAACUCCACAUUAGUUCAAUACAUUGACAAAAUAGUUUAUUAAUAUAGUUUUAAUUGAAUGAAAUGUGUGAUGUGAAUGUACUUGAUAGCAUGUAAAGGUGUAUGUGAGAUCACAGAUUUUAAAGAGAAGAUAUGUGUGAGAAUUUUAUGUGUAUUUAUCAAGUUGCUUAAAAUGUAAAUGUCAUAAAUUCUAGAUACUAAAUUAUUGUUAGGCACACCUGAUACAUUGCAUUAGUUACAUGUGUAUACAUUAGAGAAUCAGAAAGUGGAAAGAGUGAAUGUUACUUUACUGAAAAGGGACAAAAAUGGAACUGUAAUUGAAAGCUGUCUUUCUUAUCAAUCAUCUAAAGAGGAAAAUAUAUUAAUGUUUAUGGCACACAAAAGCAGUACAGGAAUUUUAAACUUUUUAAUAUUUUUUCUACCAAUAUUCUUUAAUGUGAAUACUUUUUCAAUUAUGUAUAAAUAAUAGUUGAAUUUUCAAAGUUCAUCCAAUAUGAUUUUAACUUCAUGACAUUUCUAUGGAAGACUGAUGUUUCAUAUUACAGCCUAUAAGUGGUUAUUUUGAGACUAAUUCUAUGACCUUUUUAACUUUGUCAUUUCAAAACUGUGUUUAACUUUUCCCUUAUUGUCAUAAUUCAGUGAACAAUUACAUAAUGUUUCAUAUCUUGUAUUAUAUGUAUAAAUGAAAGAUUCAAAGAAAAAAUGUGUGAAAAAGAAACUAGCAUUUAGAAAUGUUUUUGUACAUAGAUUUUUUAAAAGUGGAUUAAUGAUGAAUGUUUGCUUCAUUUUAUGUUUGUCAAAAAUACGUAGAUGAACAUAUCUAAUUGUAAAUAUUAGUUGAUUGUGUAAUAAAUAUGUCUACAUGUAUGAUUGUUAAUUGUUUUUACAAACAUUUUCUUUAUUUCGUAGUUAAUAGUCAUAUAAUAAAAAAAAUGUAAUACAUAUAGAAAUAUUGCAUAGCACCAUCAGUAACAACUGUAGGCAAAAAUUGGCUAGUUUGAAGUAGCUUUCAUGCAGUGUUUGUUAGUUUUGUUUUUAUUUUCCAUUUUGUUACAAUUUAUAUGGUUUUAGAGGGCAAUGGUUGGUUACUUCAGUCUUGAUCUAUUACCCAUUGAGAGACAUUCUUUUUACUUAAGACCGUUAUACAAUAUUUCUGUAGUGAACAUCACAAAAGUGGGGAUAAAAAUUUCUCCUAUUUGAGAUGCCUGACACUCGGCCAGAAUUUAAAAGAUUUUUGUAUAUUAUUAUAAAAGAGAUCAUAUUUUCAUAGAAUCUAAUUUGUGAUAAUAUGAAAAGAAAGCCUUUUGAGUGAUGUAAAUUGGAGCCAUCCUAUAUGAUUAGUUUCAAACACUCAAUUUAACCUAUUCUUCAAUAAAAUUGAAUUAAGUUUUUUGAGCUCAGGAGCUUUAGAUUGGAAGUUAUUUUGUAAAAUUAAAAGUAUCAACAAUUGAGAAUAGUUGUACCUUGGUGCAAAGAACCUUUGGCCAUAUUUCCUUAGAUCACAUGUUUUACUACAAAAUUCCAUCAUGUUGGGAGUGUUAAUAAUAACAUUCUUUAAACCACUCAAAGUUUAAAACCGUCUUUGAGGAUGUAAGACAAUUCUUGUGAUACUAAAGAGCUUAUUAUAAAACUAAAAAUACAGCUGAAGAGAUUGAACAUUAUUGAAGAAAAUUUCACUAAUAAAUGCAUAUUUUGUGUUUAAAUGCCUAAAUGUUGCCUAUUCUCAUAUUUAUUGAUCAAAAUGCAAUUAUACAAAAUCAUAAAUAGUUAAAAAAUU